GCAAAACGUCGCAGAGAUCCGUCCAACGAGGUUUUCACCUCGGCCUCUUUUUUUUUUUGCCUCCUUCGACAAUUCUUCUCUCGCAACCAGCUUGGAGUACUUCGCCCGUGUGCGAUCUCCCCGCCUUCGAUUCGUUUUUGUUGUUGUUGUUUUCUUUUGUGAAGCACAAGCAUUCAUACGGAAGAUAAACAACCAGAAUUGUCCUCGCCUUCUCUUCUUCCACCUUCUCCCCCCGUCAUUGCCUCCUUGCUGCAGCUUCGUGUGUCGUUUCUUUACUUCUUUUCAACUAUUUUUGUUUUUUAUUAGUAUUUUGAGUUUCAAGCACGGAUAGAGCGCCGCCACGAACCAGCACAUAUACAACGUUCCAUAUACCCCGCACUCACGAGCACAACCGCACCUCUGUAAACACGCAUACACUUUUUCUUUCUCGCAUCUCCUGCCCUGAAUUGAUUAUUUAUUUUUCUGUAUGGUUGUUUUCUCGUAGCGCGGUGUUUGCCUCGUUUUACUUUUCAUUUGUCUCCGCGCUCAAACGGUGGUUGCUCUCCUUUCUCUACUCGCAUCACCGCUGUCGCCACGCCAUUGCAGCGCAAGACGCUCGUUGUCGUGUACAAGCCGUUGGCUUUUCAGCCAUUUUGUUGUUACCUUUGCUGUCCCGAUCUAUUCGCUCUUCUUCGUGUUUGUGUUUCGUUGUUUAUAUAUAUAUAUAUAUCUUCUUUUUAUUAAAAUUAUUUUAUGUUUAUUGAAUUCCAGCGCUUUCGUUCUUCUUAGACCACGCAAGCGUAGUGUUUUUCUUUCUCUCCUUCUCUCUUCUCGCCUUUUACUUUUGUACCUUUACGACUCUCCUUCACCGCUCUCUUUUUUCUUUCCUUUCUUCGUCAUUCACCAGCACCUACGCGUUCCAGCAGAGUAAACUAUUGAAUCACUCUUUCUUAUUCUUACAGUGAUUGUUGACCCUUUUACCUGUGUCGCGCGAAGGCAUACACCUAUCUGAGUUCUAGAUCCGCGCUCUGGUGAUCCGCACACAAGCAGCUUCAGUUUAACCGUAGCGGCCAUUGGACGGGCCUCCUACUUUUUUUUUUUAUUCUUCGCUGUUCUCUACUUCGGUGAUUUCUGUUGUUGUUGACUCCUUUCCGCGACGCACUACCAACCUCGAUCCAAAAAGGAAUAUAUGGGUUUUUGUUUUCAUUUUAACCGCACACUUUCUUCUCUAGUAAUUCUUUAGUAUUAUUAUUGUUUUAAUACUGCCUAGAUACCCCGCACAAACGCACACCAAACACAGCCUUUCUCUGUCUCCCCUGGACAUCGCUUGCGGCUGCACCAAGACCCCUACACAAAAAAACACACACACACGCACACACCAGACGUACUUUGAAGGCUUGUUUGCUCUUUUGCUUUUUCUCGCUCGUAGUCUUUUUUUUCGAGUUCUGCUUUCCCUCUUUCUUUUGUAGGCAAGGGAGAGUACGAUAAAAGGUGGCUGUGAGUUUCUACGCGUGUAUCAGCACAGCGCCUUUAACCACGGCACUGCGCGCACGCAUAUAAACGUAUACAAGCUCCAUCGCACACGCACGUACGCAUAUAUAUAUACGCACCCGCACACGUUUUUCUUUUCUCAUUUUUCUUUCUUUUCCGUGCACAAGGACUGCAUCGCUUCCUCCACCAACCACGCGCAACUGGAGAGGUAUUUCGUUGGUUCGUUCCGGCUUUCUUUGAUAAAGGGAAACGGCGAACCUUUUUUUCUCCAAAAAAAAAAGAAUUGCUACCGCUACUACGACCUGCAGCUCCUCCGUCAUGUUUGCCGCCUCCAGCUCCUCUCACAGCACGCCGCGCAGCGGGCGGUCGAACUACAGUCCAUUGCCCUCCUUUGUGGUCACCUCAAGCAACGACACGCCCUUCACCAACGCCACAGCUUCGGCGAAGACGGCACCCACGGCGGCCCUCAACCCGGAGGCGCGUGAAUUCUGCAUCACCCCGUCGUUCGGAGGCUCCCUCUUCGCCAUGCCGGCCGCCGCCGCCACGCUUACUCCCUCGCGGUGGGGACCCACCACAACGCGCGACUUCCCCGGCCGGCCCCCCGGAAGCCCCCACAGCCCCUCCCCCUCGCCGUCGGCCCCGGCGGCUGCGUUGGCCGAGACGCUGGACAGCGCUCGACUUGUCGAGUUCACUGAGGCGUACAUGCACGAGCUGUACGACCGCAAGUGCCAGGAGGAGGGUCUGCACAUGGUCUCCGUCUUCCACCUGCACCCCCGCACGACCAACAAGCAGCUCAGCAGCAUGUUCUUUCCGACAGGGGCGCGUGAAGCGGAGGUGCUCGAGGCGCGCCAAAUGCCGGAGCCGCUGGCGAACGCCUUCAACCUCGUCCGCCAGCGCGCCGGCGCAGUCUUCUUCACUCGCAAGGACUUUGCAAUGGUCGGGGUGGAGAAGGUGAACGACUUCGUGCCGCACGGGCAGCACCAGCCGCUGGUCGUGCGCUACUGCGGUUCGGGCACGCCGGCCGCCCUGCCCACCGUGCCGCCGCUGCCGGUGUCGACGGCUAAAAAAGCCGCGAGCCCGUCGAGUGUGUUGCGGCCGACGCCGCCGUCGAACUUCCGCGACCCAGCCGCCGCCACCUCCGCGCCGCCGCCGGACCGCCUCGGCAGCCCCGCCGCCGCCGCCGCGAGCACCUACGACGCCAUCGACCAGCACUUCCUGCUUAAGUACGCCGGCGACAACGUCUACCUCGUCGGGGUGCACAACCUCGCCUACGGCACGAGCGCCAAGUCGUUCUACAAGAUGUUCUACCCGAUGGGCGCGCAGGUCUCCGAGCUGCUGCCGCGGCCGGUCUCCGUCGACGGCAAGCUGCGCUGCAGCGGCGUCGCCAUUUUUGCCUCCAAAGGCAUGGCCAUGGAGGCGGCGGAGAAGAUCAACGACUUCGUGCCGCACGGGCAGCGCCGGCCGGUCGUCGCACGCUUCCUCGACCGCACGCCGACGCCGCCGCUGGACGUGGCCACCAUUUCGGCAGCGGCGACGGGGACGGCGGGUGACAGGCGGGAGCCCCCGCCGCAGCAGCACGGCGCACUGCUCGCCUCUGCUUCGACGCCGCGGGCGAGCGCGUCUGGCGUGGAGGGCGCCACCGCCAUCCCGCCCGUCAACUCCGCCGCGGCCCUCCUCUUUGCCAUUGAGCGGCAGCUCCGCGCCAAGGCCGUGAGCGACAGCCAGCUGGCCGCCGACAUGUGCGCGUUGGUGCUGUGCAACGACAGCGGCGAGGCGGAGGCGAAGAAGUUGGCCGAUACCCUCCGCGACGUCCUCCAAUCGAAGGGGGACCACGCUCCCAUCCUCUCCAGCCCCCUCUCCGGCGCCUUCCGCACCAUGCACAGCACUCUCGGCAUUCGCACCCGCACGGCGCCGCCCAGCCCAGCUGACACCUCCGCUGGUGUGAAGAAGGCCGUGAUGUUUCUCCAGCUGAUCGGCCGCACCUUCAUGAUGUUGGUGGCCGACACGGCGGCGGCGCGGCAGACACGCAUUGUUGCGGCCGUGCAGUGCGCGUACCUGUACCAGUACACCUACCUCCCCAAGACGCCGCUGUCCUUCGCCACGGUCCUCUUCCAGAACUGCAGCGCGGAGCUGCAGGCGGCGAGAGAUUAUCUGUGCCGCGAGGCGGACGUGCCGUCCAGCGUCGCGGAGGAGCGCCGGCACCGGCCGUGGAUUACGCUGAUGGACGCGCUGCACGAGAUGGUGCGGGUGUGGAAGUCACUCGACGCGCGUCUGUACGCUCAGGAUAGCGCCCGUGCGGACUAUGAGCGCUUCGUGCGCGACUUCCGCUGCACCAACCCGCACGCGACGCAGAGCCCAGUGAAGGCGUCGGCGGGUCAGGCGGAGGCGGGCGCCGAGGCGUGCACGCCGCGCAACGGUGCACUGGAGCUCAGCGCGGAGGGCGCCGACACCGGCACGGGUUCCGGCUCCGGCUCCGGCUCGGGCAACGGCGCGAAGAAGUCGCAGUUGGUGACGCCGAGCGCGCGACCGACGCCGCGGCGGGUGGUGUCGAAGUCGUACAGCACCACGGCGAGCGACUGGAAAGGAAAGCAGAGCACCCCGGUGGGGCACGGCGGCGGUGCGGUCGCGCCGCAGGUCAUGCUCUCCAGUCCAGCCAGCGACUACACACAGGGCGCCUCCGAUUUCUCGGUGGAGAGUAGUACGGUGGGCCCCUUCAGCAGCGCCCUGCGCCCCGUUGUCCUCUCGCCGCAGCACCCCAGCAUGCGCUUCGCCUGGGGCUCGCGGGUCUGCGGCACCACCACGCAGCCGUCCUCCGCGUCGCCAGCGCCGACCGUCUCCGUCGUGGCGGUGUCGGCGACGGCGGCCUCCGCGACGUCCGCCGCGGUGGCGGUUGAGCGCUCCGACGCGGCCAUGACGGAGUGCACGGUGUACAUCACGAAGAUGCCCUCCUGCUUCACCUCGCAGCAGGUACGGCGCCUGCUGCUGCACUUCGGUGACUUUCGAAAGGUGCGGCUGUGCCACGACGACAAGGAGACGACGCGCGGCCGCACAGCCGAGGCGGUCGCGGCGCAUCAGCUCAAAUUUCACGAGCUGUGCUUCGGCUUCGUGGAGUUCGUGGAGGCGGGCAGCGCGCGGGCGAUGGUGGAGUUCUUCCGCAACGAGGUGCACACCCCGACCGCCUUCGACUUUCUGCGCAGCCCCGGCGAGGUCGCCUUCGACGAGGCCGAGCUGAACAUGCUGCGAAGCACCCGCACCAGCCAGGCUCGCAACCCGAUCCACGACCAGCAGCCCACCGACGCCACCCGCACCGCGCCGUGUUUCUUCGGCCUCAUCCGGCCGCAGCACACCAUCGAAACCUACGCCGAGGCGGUGACCGCCGACGACGUGGCAGCCGCGGUGAAGGCGUUGGAGGCGGCCCAGCAGCCACCAGCACAGCAGGCGCCAGCCGCAGCACCCCUCGGGUGGCCCAAUAUGUUCACCACGGCCGCGGCCGCGACACCGUCGCCCACCACCGCGUCAGCGCCGACCGUCGCCGCAUCGCUGCAGCCAAUGGAGAACGUGCAUUUUCCGGAUGAUUUCCCGUAUCACCGCGUCUUUGCUGAACCCUCUGACAAUGACAGCGACAAGCCUCCGGUGGUGGUGGAGGACGACGACGACAACGGUGAAGGGAUGACGGACCAUGCUGUGCUGUCCCUCCUGGAGUCCUUCGCACCCGACUAA